GCCUCUGGCGCCCCGGGGCCACGGCGCCCUGGCAUCUCUGAUCCGACAUCGCGGGCGCGAGGACGAUGACGGCGGCGGCGAUGGCGCCGAGGACGAGCUGCCGCGCCGCGACGAGCGCCGCAUGAGCGCCCUGCUCAACAGCUCGCACAUGCGCAGCAUGCGCCUGAUCGGAAACAGCAACCCGCGCUAUCGCUGGGAGCGCUACUGGAAGACCGAGGCCGAGCUUGCCGCCAUGCCCAAGCACAUGUUCCCGUCGGUACUACGAGCGCGUCAACUACUUGGUCCAGCAGUACCUGUACAUCGACCGGCUUCUGGACUCGUCUCUGCCCCACGAUCUGCUCAACGAGUACAACAACAUGCCGGCGUCGGCCUUCCGCGGCGUCGAGGUCCCUGCCACCCUCCUGGAGCCCGCGUCUCCGUCUGCCAGAGAACCCCCGCGCAAGGUCCUGCGGACACCGAGGGCCAUCUACCGGCCCACCGAGACGACGCCUCUGUUCUCGGCCCGUGACGGUGCUGCUGACGGCGCUCACGGCCACGGUGACGACGACGUCGCGUGCGAGGAGGACCCCGGCGGCGAUCUCGAGACCGGCCGCCUGAAGCCCGAAAUCCCCUGGCUCGAGGAUGACGUGGUCGACAGCGACGCCCCCAUCGUCACGCUUGCCGUCUACAUCAACUUUGCCGCCAACGCCAUCCUGCUGGCCGGAAAGAUCGCCGUCAUCGUCUCGGUCCCGUCCGUGUCGGUGCUGGCCAGCUUGGUCGACGCCCUCCUCGACUUCCUCUCGACCGUCAUCGUCUGGAUCACCACCUGGCUGAUCCGCAAGCAGGACCAGUAUCGCUAUCCCGUCGGCCGCCGGAGGCUUGAGCCUCUGGGAGUGCUGAUCUUUUCUGUCAUCAUGAUCACCUCGUUCGUCCAGGUCGCCCUCGAGGCCCUGCAGCGCCUGGCCUCACCCGACCAUGAAAUCAUUCAGCUAGGUAUCCCGGCUAUAUCUAUCAUGCUUGGCACCAUUGUCGUGAAAGGCUUGUGCUGGUUGUGGUGCCGUCUGGUGAAUAACUCGAGCGUUCAGGCGCUUGCCGCAGAUGCGAGUACCGACGUGAUUUUCAAUGCCGGGUCCAUAGCUUUUCCCAUAGUUGGCUUCUAUGCCGGGCUGUGGUGGCUUGACGCCCUCGGUGGCCUGAUCCUUUCCCUGGUCGUCAUCUUCAACUGGUCCCAGACCUCAUUUGAGCAUAUCAGACAUCUCUCCGGCUUCUCGGCGACUGCCGACCAAAGGAACAUCUUGCUCUACCUGACCAUGCGAUUUGCCAAGACCAUCAAGCAAAUCCAGGGGUUACAAGCGUACCACGCAGGCGACAAGCUGAUCGUCGAAGUGGACAUCGUCCUGGAUGCCAGCACGCCGCUCAAAGACAGCCAUGACCUGAGCGAGAGCCUGCAAUACGUGCUCGAAUCGGUUCCCAUCGUCGAUAGGGCCUUCGUACAUGUGGACUAUGCAACAUAUAAUCUGCCGACUCACAUGGAGCAGCAGUCUAGCUAGAAUUUCCUCUCAGGUGUUGGUCUCAUCAGAAUGACCGAUAAAGUAAAUACCCUUGGCCUGGCCGUCCGCGUCUACUCCGGGAAAUGGCACCAUCCGGAAAAUCCGCACCGAGCUGGCCGCGGCGGCGAGCCCGCUGCUU